AUGUUCAACGUGGAGUACCGUAGGAUGGUCUCGCAUUUGUGUCGCACUGCUAUCGGUCCGUGCCAUGGUGUCACCUGUCACUGCGCUCAAGUCCGUCUCCGCUACGAUCCAAAUAUAGAGACAUGUACCAUCGACAGGCGCCCCGGUCAGCGGGUCCAACACUGA